AUGGAUGAUCGACCCAAUCUGAGCAAAGAUAAGGCGAUGUACGAGAGUGGCUCAAAGAAUUCCUUCAAAUCCUUUUACAGGCAAAAUGAAGCAGAAAUGGAUGUCAUACAGGCCACUUCACUCUCAUCCGAUUAUAAGACCGCGGAGCCUUGCUUGUCUCAGCAACCGGAGCAUGAGGUUUUAUCUAGCGGAAAAGCAGGCGGAGCUGCAUCGUCCUCAAAAAGAUCGUAUGCUCAUGAUCUGCGGGCUAACAAUACCUCACGCACUUCAUCUCGCCGAAGAGCUCACGAUCUGGCCGACGAUGUCACUACAAAUGCUCAAAGAGCUCUUUAUAACUUACACAGCAUUGAUGAAGAUACUUUUUGGACUAACACUCAAGAUCCACACACUUCUCGGCAUGCUGCAACGUCUAGAAAUGGUGGGAAAGAUGCUUCAAGGUUUAGCUUAGAAGGAGCUGAGCUUGAGAAUCUGGAUUCAGAAAAUAUAGGGGGUUCACCACCAGGCAAGGCUGCCACGACUGCCACGGCUUCACAGCGUAUACCACUAUCUCGAGAGAAUAGCAGUACAGUAGCGCGUCGUCAGCAUAAGUCCAAGUAUGGGCCGAUAGAGGACACUGAAGCAACCCAGUUGCUGCAAAGAAAUACAAACUCGCCAACCAAAACAGCCAUCGGCGUAAGUCCAAAAACGCCGGAAAGGGGAGUCGGAGCGACGAUUGAAUCUGAAGAUUCGCUCAGGAGGUUCGGCGUCGCCAACUCAACGAAGAGUUCGAAACGAAAUAUUGAAUCUUCUGACGUCUCAACAUGGAAACAACAACUGAGAAAAGUUGGUGACGCGAGGAGCAACUCUCCAAAAAAGCCAUAUUCGCCAUUGGCUGCCGGAUCUCAGUUGCACUCUUCCCAGUCUCCAACUGCAUUUCUUCAAAACGAAGAAACAGUCACCCGGUCAACAAGAGGAUAUGGGGCAGAGACUGAGGAGCAAACUUCUAGAGCACAAAAGCAGAGGGAACCUAUAAAAGAUAGCAUGGAGAGCAUUCUGGCAGAAAAUGAUAAAACAGCGCCAAAGAUAACUCUUACGGCCCCUGACGAUGAUUCUGAGAUGCCAUCUAGUCACCACAUUUGCGAGUGGCGCUCACGGUAUCUAGGGCUAAGUGCUGCGUUUGAUAAGUUGCAAUGUGAGCUAGAUGUCGCGCUACAACAACAAACCAAUCUAGGUACUGGUGGAAAAGAACUGGGGACAGCUUCACAUAACAACGGAUACGUUAACUACGGCAUCGAGGGUUUAACGAUCAUCGUACACAGAAGAAGCAAGGAGGAUUUAGUCCUCAAUACAGAUUUGAGAGAAGAGGAAUUCAGCGAUAUUGGAGAGUAG